AUGGAAAAUUCUUUACGUAUUGUUAGAAGUCAAAGUGCAAUCCAAGCCCAUCGAGAAGAUGUACCCACCAAACAUGAUAAUUAUCUAAUAAAUUUGCAGGAGAGAAACAAAUUACUAAAGUUAUUGCGUCGACAAGAAAACGGUUUAAAACAACGUGAAAUAGGAUUUCAGUUGUAUAUUAAUGGGGCACACAAUCCUCCAACAAAACGUCCAUCAUCGAUACGAGGGAGCAAUAAUCAAAAUCACACUUCCGUUAAUUUUGAUCCUCUUCUGCCUUAUUUUUCUGAUUUCAAAUUUCCAACAAAAUCAACUACAAACAUUACAAAUAAUAACAAUAAUAAUAAUAAUGAAAAAUGUUCAACAUCAUCACGUCGUCGAUGGAGCAAUAAUACAACAGUUCAAAUAAAAACUAAACAGGGAUCAACUUUAGUUGAUCUUCCUCUCAAUCUUCAUCAAUCACCAGCAGCAGACUGUGAUAGACAUGCAAAGUCGUUAUAUGAAAAACAACAAAUGAAGUCAGAAGAUGGACACUUGAGUAAUACACCAUCAGCAUAUUCUUCGAAAUAUGAACACAAUCGUUCAAGAAAAGUUUGGGAUGAAAAACCAGUUGAAAUCAAUGCUACUCAAUUGAAAGCAAAUUACGAUAAUGUGCCUUUCUACAACUUUGAACCGGUGAACGUAAAAGAAAGUUGGCUACCUAACUGGUGCACAAAAACGAUUGAUACACAUCAAGAAAAUGAUGAAUCAAAUUCAAAUCAAAUUCAAGAUAAUUGUGAAGCAGAUUUUGAUUUAUCUGAUUGUCAGAUCAGUAGUGAUGAUGACGAUGAUGCCGAUGCACAAGAUAAUUGUUUACUUAGUCGUGUGUUUUUACCAUCACAUCGGCUCGCUGGCUCAGAUUUAAAUAAACUUACGAAUAAUGCAUAUCAAAUACCACAACGACGCAAGUCAAAAAUGGUCGAUAGUCUCGAUCUUGAAAAUUUUCCAACACCAAAAGAAUUUCACGUUACAUCAAAUCUUGAUUAUGAGGAAAAAAAAUUUACAGAUGUUCUUUCAAAUCAUCAAUCAAGCACUUUAUCAUCGAUUAAUCGAAAACCAUUUGCUGCUAAUCGAAAUGAAUGUAAUAGUCCAGCGAGUGAUUGGCUCGAACGUUCUAUAACUCAAAUCGCUAUGUUUGGUCGUAGACAUCGUGGAAUGUUAGAAAAUAACGAUACAAAUGAAUCAGUGGACGAUUAUUUUAAAAAUGUGAAUGUAAAAAAAGGUGAACAAUGGCAUGAGGACGACGACACUAGCAAUGUUCACGAUAAUGAAUUUACUAUACCAGAAUUACCUGAAGGUCAACAAUUAGUAUUCAAUUUAAAGACGUCAUGGGGCGAUCGACAUUAUAUUGGUUUAAACGGAAUUGAAAUAUUUUCAAGUGGAGGUUUUCCAGUUGUUAUUCGAAAGAUAACAGCAGAUCCACCAGACAUUAAUAUUUUGCCAGAAUAUGGUGAUGAUCCAAGAGUGGUAAAAAAUUUAAUUAAUGGUAUCAAUAAAACACGUGAUGAUAUCCAUAUGUGGCUUGCUCCAUUUACAGCUGGUCAAGAUCAUUUUAUUUAUAUUACAUUUGAACAACCAACAGAAAUAGCAAUGAUACGAAUUUGGAAUUAUAAUAAAUCUCGAAUACAUUCGGCACGUGGUGUCAAAGAUGUUGAAAUUACACUUGAUGGACAUUCAAUAUUUAGAGGAGAAAUUAACCAAGCAUGUGGAGGAAUCGUGUCGACAGAUGAUUUCUCUUCAUAUGGGGAAACAAUAUUGUUUACCACCGAUGAUGAUAUAUUGGAAAAAAUUGGUGAAUAUGAUCCAAUUUAUGUUGAUCAAGAAGUGAUACCUGAAGAUACUGAGAAUAGUAAUCGACCACCUACAGCGGGAAAUGAUGUGCGUCCAAUGACUCAAGCGAUGUUAAGACGACCAUUUACAGCCUUGAGACCAACGGCAGGGCAUGAUGCAGCAGAAUUUUGUGGGAAAAAGCUCAUUUUAACAAUAAAUGAAAAUUGGGGAGAUGAUUCCUAUGUUGGUUUAAAUGGAUUAGAAGUUGUUGAUACGUCUGAUAAAGAAUGUGUGAUUCAAUCGUUUGAUGCACGACCACGAGACGUUACAAUUUUACCAAAAAAUUCAAAUGAUACACGAACAUUAGACAAGUAUAUUAAAGUUUUUAGUAUAAAAAAAGCAUUUUAUAGUAAAAUGUAUUCACUUUCCUUUUCAAGAUUAUUUGAUCGAGAAAAUGUAACAACUUCAGAUAAUCACAUGUGGUUAACUCCAUUUUCAAAAAAGGAAAAAGUUCGAAUAUUCAUUUCUCUCAGUAGCUCAAAAUCUCUGCAUGGACUUCGAAUCUGGAAUUAUAAUAAAUCACCGGACGAUACUUUUCGUGGUGUGAGUAUAUCUCUUGAAAUGGUAAAACGUCUUCAUGUUCAAUUGGAUGAUAAAAUUAUAUCACCUAAGCAAGGAUUUUUGAUUCGUCGUGCACCUGUCAUCUAUGAAUUUCAUAUUUUAUCGACCUAUGGGGAUUUGUAUUACGUGGGCUUAAACGGAAUUGAGUUUUAUGAUAAAUAUGGAGAAGAAAUUGGUUUAACUGAGAAUAAUAUUGCUGCUUAUCCACAUAGUAUAAAUACUUUAAAUCCUUCAGUGGCCGAUAUAAGAACACCCGACAAACUAAUAGAUGGAGAAAAUAAUGACAUAGAUGGCGCUCAUGCAUGGCUUUCACCAAUUCUAAGUGGAGUAUUUAAUCGCAUAUUUGUUAUAUUUGAUCGGCCAACAUCUGUUUCAAUGAUUAAAAUAUGGAACUAUGCGAAAACACCUAAUCGAGGAGUUCGCGAAUUUUCACUCUUAGUAGAUGAUUUAUUAGUAUGGACAGGAAUUUUAGAUCGAACGGGUACAAAUGGUGAAACAACUGAAGUACCAUAUAAUACGAUAUUGUUUUCCGAUGAACGAAUACUUACUGAACAAGAAAAGCGCACAUUAUUACAAAAUAGAGGUCUAUCUGAGAAUGCUAAUAGUGGUCAAACAAGUGCAAGAGAUAGACCAAAAUCUGUGGAUUAUUCAAAGCGACCAACAACAUCUAUGCCACGAAGAAAAGAAAAGUAA